AUGAUUAAAGUUUGCAAUAAACAACGCUCUUAUACGCAAAAUCCUAAUAGUAGAAGACAAAAAUCUCGGGUCUAUUGUUUGUUAGAUUGUAGAGGAAGCGAAGUAAAGGUCUGUAAAGAAUUUUUCCAAAAUACACUUCAAGUAUCAGCUGGGCGGAUUGAUAGGGUACUUAAAAAUAAAGGAAAAAAUAGUACCCCUCCCAGUGAUCGUAGAGGAAAGGGUCCAUCGGCAAAUAAGACAUCUCCGGAAAAAAUUGCUGAAGUAAAAAAUUUCAUAGAGAAAUUUCCUGCAUACGAAAGCCACUAUGCCCUUCAUAAAUCGACAAAUCGUAAAUAUAUGGCUCCUGAUUUAAAUAUUAUCAAAUUGGACACACUCUACACUGAACAAGUUACAAAUCCUGUUUCAAGUUUUGUUUUUAGAAAAAUUUUUAAUGAAGAAUUUAAUUUAUCUUUCCAUCCACUUGUAUCAGAUUCUUGUAGAAAAUGUGAUGCAUACGAUAUAAAAAUUAAAGCAGCAGAAUCUGAAGCACAUAGGAAUAAUCUGAAACAGGAAUUGGAGUUACAUCAAAGAAAAGCAAUUAGUGCACGUACUGGUCUUCAAAGCGACACUGAAUUGGCUAAAAACAACCCUGAAGACGUUACAGUUAUAACAUUUGAUUUGAUGAAAACAUUACCUACUCCUUUACUAUCAACGGGUAUUUGUUACUAUAAACGGCAGCUAUGGACGUAUUGCUUCGGAAUACACAACAUGGGUAACGGUGACGUUUACAUGUUUGUCUGGGAUGAGUCAGUUGCCUCUCGGGGUCCCCAAGAAAUAGGAUCUUGCAUUUUGUAUUUCUUAAAAAAAUUUGUUUCAACAGAACAUUUAAUUAUGGACUCCGAUCAGUGUGGUGGCCAAAACCGCAAUAUUAAAUUAUCUCUUUUAUGUCAAUACAUUGUUUCUAGUCCUGAAUACAUGGUUAAAAAUAUUGAUCAUAAAUUUUUGGUAAGUGGACAUUCAUACUUGCCGUGUGAUCAAGACUUUGGUCUUGUUGAAAAACAAAAAAAGUUGUUUCCAAACAUUUUUAUUCCAGAACACUGGAAUAACGUUAUUUUGGCGGCACGUAAAAAAAAACCUUUCAAAAUCAUUUGUAUGAAUAAAAGCGAUUUUUUUUCGACAAUAAAAUUAGAAAAAAAUAUUACACACCGCAAAAUCGAUGUUGAUAAAUCUAAAGUUGAGUGGUUAAAGAUACAAUGGUUGAGAUUUUCUUUCGAAAUGCCUUACAAAAUAUUUUUCAAAUAUUCGAACAAUGAUAUUGGUCAAUUUAGUGAACUUAAUUUAGAAAAACGAAACACCACACUAAUCGCAAAUUUAGAUUUACUUUACCCUAAUGGAAACUGUAUAAAUCCGCUGAAAAAGAAAGAUUUGUUAUGUUUACUAGAUUAUGUUCCACCAAUUUACCACGAGUUUUAUAAAAGCCUUAAGACCAAUGCUCAAAAUAUUGAUAAUGAAAUUCCAUUAAUAGAUUUCUCUAGUGAUGAUGAAUAA